AUGGCGCUGAUGGACAGCUGGGGCAUGACGGAGUGUGUGCUUAACGUUGGUGGUGGCUACGGCGUGCGCUACACCGCCGACGACGCCCCGCUUCCGCUGUCGGCGUACAUCGAGGCGAUCGUCACGGCGGUGAAAGAGUACGUGGCGGCGGCGACGUCGAGGAUCAAGGUGCCGGCGUUCUGGAUUGAGCCCGGCCGUUCGUUGGUGAGCGAGGCCGGCACCACGCUUUACACGGCGGGCUCGCAGAAGGUCGUCCCGGGUGUGCGCACUUAUCUCGCCGUGGAUGGCGGCAUGAGCGACAAUAUCCGUCCCGUCACCUACCAAGCGGUGUACAGCGCGGCCCUCGCCAACAAGAUGAACGCGCCAGCCGACCACACCUACAACGUGGUGGGGAAGCUGUGCGAGUCGGGCGACCAGCUCAUCCGCGAUGUGGCACUCCCGGCGGCGGAGGAGGGCGACGUCGUCGCGGUGUUCUGCACCGGUGCCUACUGCUACGCCAUGGCCUCCAACUACAAUAAAAUGUGCCGUCCUGCGGUUGUCUUCGCGGAGGACGGGGCGGCCAAGCUGGUGGUGCGUCGUGAGUCGCCGGAGGACUUGAUCCGGAAUGAGCUGCCGUACACGUGA